AUGGUGGGAUCUCCGCUACGCUCCGACACUGAAAGCCCGGUCGCCGUAAUUGGCGCUGGUCCUGUUGGACUGUUUACUGCGCUCGUCCUCGCACAAAGUGGGAUUAACGUCACGGUCUUUGAGGCAGGCGAGGGAAUCAACCAGUCGCCUCGCGCGGUAGCCUACUUCCCACCAGUUCUUGAGGAAUUUUCCAAAGCAGGCAUCCUUGACGAUAUAAUCACCGCGGGAGAAAAGAAUGCAGAUGGAUGCGACUGGAGAACCGCAGACGGGGCCUUCAUUGCCGGCAUCGAUCCGCCUCCAAACGAUUCCACUUUUGCCGUGUGCCUUGCACAGCCAGAACUCGGCGAGAUCUUGAUGCAGAAGCUUCUGGCGACUUCAAAUGCAAAUGUGUUUUUCAAUGAGUCAUUCCAGCGCUUGGAACAAAGUGCUGGAUCUGUUAGAUUCUGGACACGGCGGGACGACCACGAAACUGAACACACCUGUCAAUACUUGAUCGGGGCGGAUGGCGGUCGCAGCUCCGUGAGGCAUAGUCUGGGCAUUCAUCUCGAAGGUCAUACGCUCGAGCAGCUGCAGUUUGUGGCUGUCAAUUUCCAAUACCCUCUGCGGGAACAUGAAUGGAAGGCAGCUAACUUUAUUGUGGACCCGGUUGACUGGGGCAUUGUGGUUAAACGUGGCAAGGGAAACAGCUGGCGAUUAGCCACGGGAAUUCAGAGAGACAGCCAAACUAAGGAUCCCCUCGAUAAAGCUACCAUCGACCUUGUCAAGAGACGUUUGCGUCGCAUUCUCCCGGGUGACACCAGCCAAAUCCAGUACGAAGCUAUGGCUCCAUAUGUCGUGCACCAGCGAUGUGCGAGUCGCUUCCGGGAUGGAAAUGUUCUUUUAGCUGGUGAUGCGGCGCAUCUAAACAAUCCUGUCGGCGGCCUUGGUCUUACGACUGGGCUCCUCGAUGCUGCUCAUCUUGCCAAAGCUUUGAAGCAAGUCAUCUGGCAUGACGAUGAUCCCAAAGUCUUGACAACUUAUUCCGAUGUUCGGCGGCGAAUCUUUCUCGAGCGGACAAGCCCGCUCAGCACUGGCAACUUGCUGAGACUUUUCUCGCAAGAUCCUGAGCAUGUCAAAGAAAGAGAAGAGACAUUUGCGAAAUUGAAAGAUCCAAAGGAUGUUAUCACCGCGUCCCAGACUGGACUCCCAGAUUUUUGUCUCACGACUACAUCUGACAAAAUAUUCGACACACGGGGAGAAGUGACAUGGUUCGUCUCGGUCACUCGUAUUCCGGACUGGACCGAGGAAAAGUUCCGGCACGAGUACGAAGUUGUUCAUGCCAACAUGACUCGUAUCGGAGCCGAGAAGGCUCCGGUGAUUCGUCGAUAUGUGCAACUGGAAAACUUGCGAAAGUCGGUCUCGGGCACAAAGUCUCCUGUUUGGGAUUACGUGACGUGCUUGACAUGGCCGACUUUGUUCGUAAUUCAUGUUGGCUUACAAGACCCCGACUAUCGCAGAACUGCUGGCAGUCACAUCUUCUGCCGACUGGAUCAGGAAGGAUGUCUUAUGUCCCAGAUGGAUCAAUACACUGCAAAAUCCGAGUCAUCUGAAGCAGCAAACGUUGGUCCCAUUCAGUGUUUGAUCUACCACAAGAGGGAGGGCAUCGAUGAUGAUUUCACUCCUCAAUGGUUCUCAGAGCGAGCUGCCAAAUUGAAAAGUCUUUUGGCUUCUGAUGGUCGGCCACGAAAGUACAUUUUGUGGCAUGAUGUGACGCCGAAGACGAAAAAUUACUUCCACGACUCACAAUUCUCCGGCGGAUCAUGGCUUCAUUACAAAGCGCUUGAGACACUCAUUUUUGCAGACGAGAACGACGCGGUUGCCUUCUUCGAGGUACAUAAUUGCGAUUUUUUCAUGACUGGCGCAGGAACGACGGAGACUGUUAUUGGCGUGCCAGAUGUUGUUAUUUGA